GUACCUCACCAGUGAUCCCCUUCUCUCUUUCUUCCAAAGAGAGAUCCAAAGAUGGAGUCCAGUAAGCUCAAUGCUCUCUUCUUCAUCUUCAUCAUCGUCAUUUCCUCCGCCGCACCGAUUCUCGGUUGCCCUACUUGCGGCAAAAAGAAGCCUCCUCCCAAGCACACCAAGCCUAAACCCCCCAAAGGCCCAAUCAAGGUUCCCCCAAUCAAGGUUCCACCAGUUACAAUACCACCUAUCGUCAAACCACCAAUCACAAUCCCACCCGUCAUCCCUCCCGUUGUCAAACCACCAAUCACAAUCCCACCCGUCAUCCCUCCCGUUGUCAAACCACCAAUCACAAUCCCACCAAUCGUAAAACCACCUAUCGAAAUCCCACCAGUGAUUCCCCCAGUUGUGAAACCACCGAUCACAUUACCACCAGUCGUAAUCCCUCCGGUGAUUCCCCCGAUUGUGAAACCACCAGUGGAGAUUCCCCCGAUCACCACCAAGCCCCCGAGCAAGGGAACACCGUGCCCGCCACCACCCGGAAAACCAGCUCCUAAGGACACUUGCCCCAUCGACACACUGAAGCUCGGAGCCUGCGUGGAUCUCCUCGGUGGCUUAGUCCACAUUGGGCUCGGUGACCCCGUCGUGAACGAGUGCUGCCCUGUGCUCUCAGGACUUGUGGAACUUGAAGCUGCAGUGUGCUUGUGCACUGCUCUUAAAAUCAAGCUUCUCAACCUCAACAUCUUCGUCCCUAUUGCUCUUCAGCUCCUUGUAACUUGUGGCAAGAGCCCUCCUCCUGGUUUCACCUGCUCUAUCUAGAUCAAGUCGAUCGUGCAUGGUAGAUUCAUGGAGAGGACCGAAUCGUCAUGAAAGGAUGUCGAUCAAGCCAGCCUUCACUUCUUCUUUUCUCUUAUUAUCAUUUCUUCUCCCACAAUCUUUUCUUGUUUAAUUUAAUUAACUGGUAUUGAAGAUGAUUUGUGUUGUGAGAUUAUUGUAAACCAUUUGUUUUAAGUUAUGAGAAUAUUGUUAUUAUUCCAUAUCUUGAAUGUGUGUUUUAUCUCGAUCAAUGAAGCAACCAAAGUUGCUUUGU